AUGUCUACAGACACACGAAGUGACCGCGAUCGGGCAGCUCCCUCAAAGAGGAAGACCCGGGAUGGAUCAGAGGACGCUCCCCCGGCCCGCAAAAAGGUGCACCGCAAGGCAGACAAAGCAUAUGACCACGGUCAAUUCGUGGACUUCGACAGCAAAGGCGAUGCAUCGAAGCCUAAAGUGACCCGCAAGUUCAAGGACAAAUUUGCCCCCAAACCCGAAAAGGAAUACCCAUCGAUCAACGAUCUCAAAAAGCGAAUUCGCGAUGUAAAACGGCUACUCAACAAAGUGGAUCUGUCUGCCGAUGCUCGCAUCUUGCAGGAGCGGGCGCUCGCUGGAUAUGAGCAAGACCUCGCAGAUGAAACAACACGCAGAGAGCGGUCAUCAUUGAUCAAGAAAUAUCACUUUGUCCGAUUCCUUGACCGCAAAACGGCCACCAAGGAACUCAACCGACUCACCCGCCGGGAGAAGGACAAAGAUCUUGAUUCGGAGCAAAAGGCUCGUCUUGCAGCAAAAAUCCACACCUGCCAGGUGAACCUCAACUAUGCGAUCUACUAUCCUCUCACUGAGAAAUAUAUUUCAAUCUACCCCAAUGGGAAACCUGAUGCAACGGAUCCAAAGUCAGAAUUGCAAACAGAGGAAAACAAGUCCAGCGACUCCAAGCCCCCGUUGUGGCCUGUUGUUGAGAAGUGUAUGGAAGAAGGGACAUUGGACCUUCUUCGUAAUGGAAAGUUGCACAUCAAUGCCAAUGGAGAGAAGAUUCGAAAUUCGUCAUCUGGUACAACUACAGCUACAGAUACCCAAAAGGAAAAGAGCAAGAAGAAAGAGCAACACAAAGAGACCAAGGCUGUCAGCCAAAAGGACAAGCAUGUUUCCAAAGAUGACAAGAAUAGCACCAAGAAGAAGUCUGCACGCAGUGAGCGUGCCUCCAAGAAAGACGAGGCACCAAAACAAGCCAAUGCGGAGGACCAAGAUGAUAGCGAUGGUGGUUUCUUUGAGUAA